GUAAAAUCCAAGAUGGCGGAUAGUCUGGUGGUAUUGAUCGAAUGAGAUGAACUAAAAAAUGUUUAAGAAACUAAAGCAGAAAUUAGCGGAGGAGACGGAUGGGGAACAGAGCCCCGUGAAGCAAAAUGCACGUCAGACUCCGAAAGAGCCAGGCAAUGAAAGUAGCAAUGUAACCCUGGCGAAAUCUGAAGAAAACCGUGUAUUUCCGCCUUCAAAUUCAGCUGCAAAUGUAACAAGUUCUCCUUCGAGCACAUCAUCAACUCCUAAAACAUCACAGAUUAAACAAAAAUCUACGCCACGAGAGGUUCUCGACCGAGUCUACAACCUCCUUGAUUCUAAGGCUGUUCAGCCUGAUUCCAGAAAUGGAGAAAAGCCUCAUUCUGGUGAGACAACUCCUCCUAAGAGUACAAGCACCCCAAGUAAAACUUUGUCACAGGACAGCAUCAGUGAUACUGAAACUCCCAAGAGAACUGUUGAACGUCAAGGAUCAAUCCCUCCUUCAAGCCCUAUUUCUGUGGGAGGACGGUCUGACGCUGAGUCUGAUGCAGAGCAAAGUGGCACACCCGGUACACCUGGGGCUCGCCUAGACGGAGCCACAAAGGAAGAGGUGGUGGCCAUGUUUAAAAAACAAGAGAGAGUCUUGGCACGUUACAAGACCAGAUUCUCAGAGGUUGUGGAAGCUUACAAGAACCUACAGAAAGAAAAUGAAAAGCUACAGAAUAAUCUCACACAGAGUCAGGACAAAGCUCUCAGAAGAAUAUCAGAGAUGAAAGAGACCAUAGAACUUGAAAAACAGGCCAAGAUGCAUUUGGAGGAAACACUUCAGUUGUCUCUAGAUGAAAAAGAAGACAUCAUCAAAGCUCUACAAACACAGGUUCAACUGCUCAAGCAACAAGGAUCACUAGCAAUUCCUGGAACUGAUGUUCUUGAUACUGGCUUAGGAUCUCAAAGUGAUGAACAGAAGCUUCAACAGCAGAGUCUGCAGGAGAGGAUUGAAGGCCUUCAAGCUCUUGUGGAGAAACAAGCGAGGGAAAUAAACGAGAAUAAAGAAAAGUCCAUUCAACACGAUCAUGUAACUUCGAAUCAAAUGAGGGAAGCUAAAGCCUUGAUACUUAGACUAGAACAAGAGAAGAAGACAGCUAUUCAGGACAUGAUGGACAACCUACAGACUGCGCUGCGGGAAAAAGACGAGGCUGUGAACAACGCAAGUGAAAUGAGGAAAGUUCUGCAGGAGCGUGAGGCUCAAAACGAAGAAAUGAAAAAAGAAAAAGACGAGUUCUUUCUCAAGAUGGAGAAGCAACUCGAAGAGUCAGAAAAGAGAAGAGAAAUUGCCGAGUUGAAGAAGGAGCGAGAAAUUCAAGAGAUGACUGCAAAAUACGAGGCUGCUGCAGCUGCGGAGGAAAAUGAGCGUAAAUCAAUGAUGGAGAAGUUGAAGAGAGACAAGGCGGAGGUGGUGGCAGUCAUGCAAAAGGACAAGAACGAGAAGUUAGAGGAAAUGUUAGUUGCCAAGGAAAUGGAGUUACAGGAGGCUCUGACUAAGAAAACAAAGGAAGUGGAGUCGAUCUUACAUGCUAAAGAGGAAGAGAUGAAGUUGAAGUACAAUGAAAAGGUGAAGGAGAUCGAGAUAGCAGUGGACGAGAAAGAGCUACAGAAAGAAGCCGCUUUGAAGAAGAAAGAGAAAGAACUCCAAGCCUUGAGGGAACAAAUGGAAUCGCUGUCAGAAAAUCUACAAAGUAAAACCUCUGAAGCUUCGCGUACUGGACAGGAACAAGCCAGUAAGAUGUCUAACCUCUUGGCUGAGCUGCAGAAGACAUCUGUUGAAAAGAGAGAUUUGGAGCAGAAGCUAUCAGAGACUCAGCAGAAACUAGAACAAGAACAAGCUAAGAUCGCGGAGAUGAUCCAGCAACACAAUAAUCUCCUUCAAGAAAAACAGGAAGAACAUCAAAAAAUGUUGGCCAAAUUCAAGAAAAUGCAUCAAACGAAAAUGGGUGAAAUAUCCGAGAAUUCUAAGAAAGCCGAACAAAAAGUGGCUGAACUGGAGAAACAGCGAAAAGCCGAGGCUGAGAAACAUGUGAAAGACUUGGAGGAGAAAGAGAGACAAUUUGAGGCUGAUAAGCAGUCAGAACUUGCUCGCGUCUCCAAACGAAUGGAAAGUAAAACCAACGAGAUGAAAAAGAUUGUAAAGGAACUUAGGACAAAGCUCACUGAAAAAGAAAACCAAGCGAAGGAACUUGAGGAGAAAGUAAAUAUCAUGCAACAGGAAACUGAGUCGGAAAAAAGUACGAGUGUAAAUGACUUUGAGAAGAAAGUUGCCGAUGCUAACAAAAUCGCCGAAGAUUUACGCAAAGAACUACUGCAAAAAGAUAGUACUGUUAGUGAUCUGGAGAAUAAAGUUAAAGAAACUGAAAGCAAGAAAGCAAACGAGGUGGAGGAGUUGACAAAAGACCGGGAUAAUCGUUUGAAAGAAAAAGAGAGAGAAUUAGUCGACGUAAAAGGGAAGCUUACUGAAAAGGAAUAUUACUCCAAGGAACUGGAAAAGCAACUUCUCGAAAUGAAAACCGAGAAGGAUCAUGAGAUUGAGGCUGUCAAGCAAAAGGCGAUGGUGACAAUUAGAGAACUAGAGACAGCAUUUAAUAAUAAAAGAGAGGAAGAACUAAAGGUUUUAAGUUCGGAGAAGGAGAAAGAAAACGUGGCAGUUAAAGAGGUGGAAAGUAAAAAGAACGAGCUUGAAAAAAUGAACAAAGAGUUCGAGGAGAAGUUAAAGGCUUCCGCAGAGAACGAAAAUAAACUCAAGGAAGAAUUGGCCGGAUUAAACCAGAAGUAUAGAACUCAAUUUGAAAAUUUCAAACAGAAAUAUCAAACUGACGUUCAAAAGUACAAAGAACAGUUGCUCCUUGCCGAAGAGAAAAGUCUUCAGAGUGCCUCAGAAAGCAAGAAUAGUCACGAGAAAACGGUCUCGAGUUUGAAAGAGGAACACGAGAAAAGUAUUCAGAAACUUCAAGAGGAGAAAUUGCUUAUUGAAGAGAAAUGGAAACUUGAGUUAGAAAAGGUUCGCGGAGAUUUCAGUGGCAAAGCAGCUUCGAGUGAGAAAUCUCUCAACGAUAAAAAUUCCGAAAUUGCUGAAUUGAAUAACAAGAUUCAGAGUUUAACUGGCCAAAUGAAUGAACAAAGAGAGCAAUCCCAGCGAAAUAUUGAUGAACUUAGUCAAAGUAUAACACUGCGAGAUGAAAAGAUUGGGAAACUGAAAGAAACUUUGAAACUUGAACAGGAGGCGCUCAAAACACAGAAGAAGCAACACGACGAGAAGAUGAAACUGAAAGAAAAGGAAGUGAAGGAAUUGGUCAAUAAAAUGGAAAAGGAAUUCCACGACCAGCUACUUGAAAAAGAGAACGCUACCAGGGAGAAACUGUACGAAAUUGCUCAGCAUCAUGAUAUGGGUGUCAAAGAUGUAACAGCGAAUUUAGAAAAUAUGAGGAAAGAAGAACUAACGAAGCUCGAGGAGCGACAUCAGGCGGAAAUAUCUGAACUGAACUUGGGCUGGGAGAACAAAGUCGUGAGUAUACGCAGAGAAAACGAGGAGACUAUGGAGAAAUUUCUGAGCGAAGCGCGGGAAAAGGAAGAGAAUAUGACAAAAGAGAAUAUCAACUUGAGGAACGAAAUUGCUAAGCGAGAGAAAAUACAUCAAGCGAAGACGGAAGAGUUGCAAGCCAAAGCGAACAGUGUUUCAGAAGAGAAGGAGUCCGCCAUGGAGAAGGUAAGAGAAUUGGCCGAAGAGAACAAACGUUUUAGACAGCAAAUCGAGAAUCUUAACGUGGAAAUGGAAAGUAGGAUAAGCGAAAUGACUGAAAGUCAUAAACGCGACGUCGAGGACAUUAAGAAUCAGUCUUUAAAGAAUGUUGAGGAACUCGCUCAACAACAGACAAACGCUUUAGCGAAUCGCGAAAGUGAAUUUGAAAAUGCCAAGAUGGAGACGGAGGGGCGGUUGAACGAAGCAAUGGAAAGGCACCGAUCAGAAAUCGCGGAGAUGCGGGAUAGUUAUCAAGCGAAGCUGCAGGAAGUCACCAACACUUACCAACAGGACCUGGCGCAAAUCAAGCAGAUUUACGAGAAGCAGAACGUUGAAAUGGAGAAACUUAAAAAAUACCACGAAAUUGAACUGAACGAACUUCGGAAAGGACAUUCCAAGACGAUGGAGGGACUGCUGAAAACCGGCGAGGAAGAUAAGAAUAAAUUCGCUGAUCGAGAACGGGCACACCUCGAGGAAGUGGAAAGAUUAAAAUCCAGGAUAGAAGAAGUCGAGAUUGAGAAAUCGAAACAAGUGGAGGAGUUAACACGAUCGGGAGAACAAAGAGCGCAGAAGUUUGCUACCGAGGAAGCAAACUUGAGAGAGCAGUUCGAGCUUCUUAAGGUUAAGAUAUCCGAUGCAGAGACCCAGCAUUGUAGCAAAAUGGAAGAGCUGCGCAAGUAUGCUGAAGAGAAUGAAAAGAAAUUCGGCUUCGAGGAAACCAAGCUAAGAGAGCAAAUCGAUGCACUGAGUAAAGCUGCUGAAGAGAAUAAAGCGGUCUUUGAAAUUGAGGAGCGAAAGUUGAAAGAGCAAAUUCAAGUGCUGGAAAAAAAGUUGGGCGAAACUGAAACAGUGAAUACGAUUAAAAUGGACGAACUAAGAUUGUCCGCAGAGCAAAUAAAGACAGCGUUUGAUCACGAGGAGAAAAAGCUGAUCGAAGAAAUUGAUACCUUAAAGAGAACUUACAAACAACAGGCAGAGGAGAUACGCAGGUUAUCGGAGGAAUAUGAAGCCAAGUCUGUAUUGGAGGAUAAACUUAAAAAAGAAAUUGAACAAGUAAGGGAAAGUCACAAGAAAGAAAUCGAGGCUUUGAAGCAGACAGCCAACGAAGCAAAGACAAAACAUAGUGAUGUAGAGAGUAAAUUAAACGAGGAAUUGAACAACUUGAAGAAGGAGCGUGCUAAAAAAGAAAAAGAACUUCAAGAGGGUAAAGCUAAGUUGUUAGAACAAGGAAAACGAAUGAAGGCCGAGUUAGAGAAAGUUGAAACAGAAGUGAAGCAAACUUCGGAGGCGACGACUACGAAUUUGCAGAAGAAACUGGAUCAAACGAAAAAGGAAAGAGAACAAGAAGUUCAGUUGUUGAAUACAAAAUGGAAAGGGAAAUGCGAUGAGAUCAACCAGCGUUACUCAACUCAGAUACAAAACCUGCUGAAGCAACAGGAAGAAGAUAAGAAGACUUUGACUGAAGAGCAUACAAAAGCGAUGGAGGAAUUAACAAAUAAAAACAAAGAGGAACGUCUUGAAUCGGAGGAAAGGGCAAAGAACCAGUUGAGCGAAGCACAGAACACUGCAUCGGAGCUGCAGUUCAAGAUCAAAAAAGCAAAGGAAAAAAUCAAAAGUAUGAAUGCAAAACAUGAGCAAGAGUUAAACGAAGUGCGGGAAAGUCAAGAGAAAACUGAUCAGGAGGUCAAAACUCUGCACGAGACGGUGUCCUCUUUGAAAAGAGAAAUGGCCAAAAAGGAGGAAAGCUACGAAAACAAACUAAGAGAGAAUGAAAAACGCCAGGAAGAGCUGCAACUAAAGAUUGUGACCGGAGAAAGUAACAAUAAGGCUAUCGACGAGAAGUUGGCAGAACUGAGUCGCGAAAAGCAGGAGGCUCAAGAUGCUGUUGCGACAAAGGAAGCCGAGUGGCGGCAUCGAGUGCAGACACUUGAGGCUGAAAUGGGGAAGAAGACGCACAAUUUUGAAUCCAAACUGAAAGCGCAAGAGAAAGAACAACACGAAAAGCUCAAGGAAAUCGAAGACGCCAAGGAACAGCAGUUGGCACAGCAAGCGGAGGAACUGACUGAACAGUAUAGAAACAAGUUGACUGAAAUGAAGAAGAAAGCAGAGAGCAAAAUUGCCGGCUUGAGGAAACAGCUCAGUGCACAAGCUGUAGAAAAAGAGACUGCCAUCUCCAAUGUGAUGGAGUCGCUGCACUCAUCAGAAAGCAAAAUCAAGGAUCUCGAGUUGAAGCAUCAGGAGGAGAUGGAGGGCUUAAAGAAACUUCAUCAGGAAGAGUUAGAAUCGAAACUCCAGGAAUUACGCCAGGCAAAAGAAACUGAAGGUGAAAGUCGCGAAAAAGAGUUGCAAGGAAGACUUGACAAACUAGAUGCCUCUAACAAAGAGCUGUCAGAAAACAUUGAGAAUCUUCUUGUUGAGAAAAUGGAUGCUCUUCAGGAGCAGGAAUCGGUACUGAAGGAAGAACAUGAAUUGGAGAUGGAGAAUCUGCGGCAAGAACAUGCCAGUGAGUUGGAAAAGUGCGAGAAGAAAUGCAAAGCUAAAUUGAGCGAAAAAGAGUUGGACUAUAAUUCGAAAAUCAAACAACUUUUGAGAGAGUUUCAGAUUAAAUAUAGCGAGAAAGAAAGAGAGCAACAAGAAAUGUUGGGGCAAGUGAUAGAGAAAGGACAGAGAGAGGAACAGAAGUUAAUCGAUGAGUAUAAAACUGAAAUCAUAGAAUAUCAGCGAGAACUUAAACUGCGAGAGGAGGAAAUGUUAGCUUUGAAAACAACCGUGGAGGAGCAGCUGGCGCAAAAAGACAGUGAAAUUACAGAACUAAACAGAACUCAUUCCGAAGCGUUGCAAAACGUCGAGAGGGAACAUCAUGAAACGAUACAAGAGAUGGUUCGAAAGAAUGAAGCCGACAUGGAAAAGCUUCACGAGGAGAAUCGAGGCAAACUUGAAGAGUUACACAAUCGCCAUAAGAACGAGCUGGAAACGCACGCCAGGGAUCGCAAAUCUGAAGUGGCCGCCGUCGAGAAGAAGUUCAAGACGCAAAUGAAAAAAAACCAGAACGAAAUGAAGAAGUUAUUAAAUCAAAAAGAGUCAUUUAUUCAAGCACAGAGUGUGAGUUUGACCGAUGCUGAACCCGGACAGCUACAGAGAGCAGGGUCAUCUUCGUCCCUCAAUAGUGAACCUAUUGCGGAGGAUCCAAGUCAAACAGCGCUGAAGGAACAAAUUACGCGGUUGAGAACAGAAGUCAGUGGCUUGAAGGAGAGAGAGGAAUCUCUGAAAUCACAGAUUGAACAACUCAGUGGAUCUCCACUACAAGGCAGAAAUCGUCCCGCGCAACUGAACCUGGUGUCCAAUCCUCUGUUGGAUAGCCCUGUUAUGUUAGAUCCAGGCCCUCCGCAGUCGCCCGUGGAACCCACGGAGUUCGAGUAUCUUCGAAAUAUAUUAUACGAAUACAUGAUGGGCCGUGAACGAAAG